AUGUUGCGAGAGAUUGGGUUUUGGUGCUCCGAAGAUAAUUCCCUGAGCAAUGAACCUUUGGAUACAAACCGUCCAAACCCUCGUCACCUUGUUGAUGAUGCGUGGUUUGCUGAAAUCGAUCCCUCUUUCCUAAAAACUAUAGAGUGGUAUCUAACUCGGGCUUUUGUGGAAAGUUAUGAAUUGGCUUACAGUUUCUGCCGGUUUAAUUGUUUGCUGGCAUUGGAACAGCCUGCAAUCAUGGGUGCAUGUACGAUGACGGAUGGAAUCUACUGCUGGCCCGAAGGAUAUUGGCAUUAUGUAUAUCACCACCACGUAAAGCCACCACACGACUUCUUAACUCACAUGAUAGCAAAUCACGUCACAAUGGUGGAGAUAACGAGGAGAGCACGAGAAGAAAAGAAGCUGCAAGUGUGGGAUGCUGUGGAGAAAAAAGCAAUAGAGAUGCCUCAAGCCAUGCAAGAUUGGAUUAUUCUCCACACGACAAUAAAAUCGGAUCUCUGA